AUGUCCAUCGCAUUUAACUUGCCCUACCAUUAUAAGCUUGAUGCUAGAGUCACAUCAAAAAAUCAAAAUUUGCAAACAUAUUAUGAAACAAGCACUGGUGUUUGGAGAACACGCACAAGUCAAACCACUCAAUCAACAUACAAAAUAAUUGACAAUUUAGAAAAGAUUGUUGAUGCAGUCAAUGCAAUCAACGCCGGUUCUUUAUGCUCAGCCACCAGCCCUACAGCAGGAUCUGUGGAAUACUCUAUAACCAGCAACUCGGUUUGUUUCUUAGUUCAGGGCGACAAUGAGUUUAUCAACAAGGCAAAGUUGCACAUCUUGAACUCAUACAAAUGCAUUACAGCAAAGACUAUUUGCGUUACCGAAGCCGAAUUUAUGAAGAUUGAUACCAAAUUUAUUGAUGAAAUGAAUCAAUUGUGUCAAAUGUACCAAAUAGAAGUGAUCAUCAAUAACUGUAAACUGUCAUACACAGAAAAGAAAACUGCAAUUUCUGGCUCUACUGGUACUCCUACUUCUGUUAACAUAUUUGAUGUGAGCGAUGUUGUACACAGCAUUCAUAUGAUUGGUGAGGAUUCAAGUUUAGCCCAAUUUGAAACUUGUCUCAAGGUUCUUAUUGACCUGUGUUUGAAAGGUUACUUGAUUGAGGCAAUCAAUGUACCAAUUGGCAUUAUUCCACUUAUCGGAGGUGGCAGUGGCUCGGCUAGUGCAGAUGGUAAACAAAAAUUUGCCAGUUUUGAGCAAAUUGCAAAGCAAUGCAAAGCCAAUAUUUAUUUGCCCAGCUUAACAACAGAACCUUUAGAGCUGAACAUUUGGCUCACUGCAAAAAGCGCCGCUGAAGUAUUGGUUACAAAAACAAUGUUGAACAAGUUGAUCUCAACUGAAGGGCAAUUAGUUACCUUGAAAACCACAUUAGACCAAAACAAGCUUGAUUUGAUGAUGUUGCAUGACAAGAAGGAGUUGCAAGGUUUAAUGCUGAAAUACUCCGUUACACUUCAAUUCCCCAAAUUUGGUGAACAAACUAUUACUGUGCAAGGUCUUGAAAUUGCCAAGAUUGAAGAGUGUGCAAAGGCAAUCAAUAACAUUGCCGCAAGGUACUAUACUCUCACGGGCUUUUCUCAUUCAAUAAUGUCCUUGCAACAAGCUUGUUGCAACUACACAAAAACUUGCACUUUGGUUACAAACGAACAAAACUAUGAAUUUGCAAUCACUGGAUCUGCCAAGGAGAUUAAAUCAUUACUUCACACGGCGUGCGACUCUUGUAAUCAGCUCAAUCUCCGCCUUGAACUCAAUAUUGAACAAAAAGAGUUUAUUAGCGGCAAAAAGAAUGGAAAAUUGCUCAAAAUUCUUAACCAAUUGAACAAUAUACCCACAUUCAAAUUUAGCAACAACAACGAGUAUAAUUUCUUCAUUGACAUUUUAGUUCAACAACAACAACAACAACAACAGCAACAACAGCAACAGCAGAAUCAUGUUAUUCUCAAUACAAUUGAGUUAAUUGAGUUAGAAUUACCAUCAGAGUUGAGAUUCAACAUUCCUGAGGUGUUUCACAAAUCAGUUAUUGGUAAUGGUGGAUCCAUUAUCCAAUCUAUUAUGAAGAGGUACAAUGUUUUUAUCAAAUUCUCAUCAAAUUACGACAAAUCGACAAACUUGUAUUGUUUGCAGAGGGAGUCGAAUGUGUUGAUCAAGUGUCCACGUAAAAACAUGCUGAACAUUCCAUUGGUCAAAGAUGAAAUUGACCUGUUGGUACUCAAGUAUAGCAUGAACGAAGCAGUGCAACAACACCAAAAUGUGGCCACAACCGUUUCAGCCUCCAACACUACAGUCUAUUAUAACCUUAAAUUUCGCAUUUUGAGAAACCACUACUUGAUGUUGGUCAACAACAAUAAGUUGCAUCUUAUAAAUCAAUUAGAACAUGAUUACAAUUCAUUUAUUGAUUUCCCUAAAUCAGUUGAAUCGUUUGGAUCCGAAAACUACCUCGAUUUCAAUAUCAAAGGUUCAGAAACCAAGAUUAGGUCAUGUGCAAGACAAAUUUCAAAUCUUCUUCCAUCUUCAUAUGAGUUUAAGUUUACUCUCAAUGAUAAAGGUGGAAAGUUUUAUGAGCAAUUUGAUUUUGAGAAAUUUGAAGAAGAAUUGGUUAUUCCAUUUAAACUUCUUCUUGGAUGCGAGGUGAUUGUUAAUGAAAAACCUCUCGAUCAGAGUGCUGCAUCAUAUCAUCAAAUAAUCAUGUCUUAUUAUGAUAAUUCUAAGCUCACUCAGGCUAUUGAGUCAAUGGCGUAUUGGCUUGGCGAACGUGGUUAUUUUAUUUGCGAUAGAGAUGUGAUGUCUUUUAGUCCGAUAUUGGAGUCGUCGGUGUCUUCCCCCAUAAAGAUGACUAAUGUGUCAAAUAUGUUCUCACCGCUUGCACCUCCAGCGCCAGCGCAAUUCAUGCCUUUGCAAAGUAUAACAAAUUAUAAUUUCAAUUCUUCGAUAAAGAGCUCGCCUCUCAAAUCAAACAAUAACAAUAACAAUUUGCACAAAAGCUUAAAUUCAAACUUGAAUUUGAACUAUAACCAAAACUACAAUUACGAUUACGAUUACGAUUUUAAUUCCAAUUCUAAUCACAAGUACGACAACAAGUACAAUUACAAGUACAAUUAUAAUACCCCUAGUCAAUUACAGUCUCCAACCAAUAAGCAGAAUAGCUACUAUAUGGUGUCGCCUUCAAGACAACAGUUGAUGGCCCAUUCACCGGUGAAACAAUUGGCCUCGCCAUACAUGCCUCCCGCGCCUCCAUCACCAACGAGAAAAAGUGCCGCAUAUUACGGAUACGGUCAAUCACCAACUAGAUCAAGUAAGAAAUUUGGUAAUGGUAUGGACGAAGUUAGAUACACUAAGAAUUUUUCAAACAAUCACCCAUCUUCCAUGAAAGUUUCUAUUCUGCCUGUAAAAUUCAAUUUACAACCUAUUCUUGGAGAAACGAACAAUAACAACAUCUAUAAUAAUGCCUGA